AUUGACAUAAGCAUUGUUAAUUAUACAGACACACAAUGCAACAAUCAGGGCUGUGUAUAAAAUACCCCUUCGAGGAAGCCACAAAUAUCACGAGGUACUCGUGGUAUGAACGUAGCAACCUGGUGGCAUACGAACCAGGAAUGAGACGUAGAGUGGUACCAAAAAGUGGAAGUGGAACCCAGUCAUCAGAUAUAUACGGACAAAAGUUGUAUAGCAUCAGCCCAAACAACGGAACACCAAGGCAGAACGCGUACAAUAUAAUAUACGCGUCGGGAGAUACUGGGCAGCAUCCCGUAGAUAUGCUUAACUCAGAAGAAGAGGAUGCUGCUGCUAAAGAAGCUAAGCGGAAAGCGAUGGUAGCAAAUCAACCCAAAGUACUAGUGGAACAUAGAUGGUCAUUCCUCUUCCCACAUAGUGACCAGCGAAGACAAAGUAGCAGCGACGAAACACCAAGUGAUGACGCUACCUUGCUACAGACACCAAAACAUGAGGAACAAAAAGAACCAGAUGAUGCUAAGGAUGCGUGUUCAUCCCCGCCAAUGCUUAAUGUACAAGACGCCUGGACGUCUCCAGAGUUUGGAGCUAGGUCGUCACUGCUCAGAUGCCUCAUGGUGGAUAUGGAUGUUAGAUUAAUAUCAAGAACACAAAUGAAUUGUGCAUUCCACCUGGCAGCAAUUGCAAAACGCCUAGUACACCAAGGGGUGUACUACAUGUACAGUAUGGGCAAGAGCUGGAAACCAAUAGUCAGCAAUGAGCCUGUUGAUAUCCUCGCUGCUCAGAAGCUAACCAGUCUCCUGGAAACUCCAGUCAUCGAGACCAUGAAAUCGCAAUAUUACAAACAAGAGAAGGAUGCUAUCAGUAAACAAAUUGAAAACGAACAAAAUGUACCCAAGAAACAAGUUGAUGGGAAUGAUUAUGAACCAGAUGAAAGAUCAUUAAAGUUCCAAAAGUUAAAUGAAAGUCAUGCUAUACGUGGUACUAAUCGUGUCAAUGCUAUAAAAGACAAAUUAACCGAGAUGUUGGAUGACCCAGCUAGUAGCACUAAGAUUCCCACGCCAAAGGAUGUGUACUUGCCGGAACAAAUGAUCCACUUCAUUCUAAGGGCAAUAUAUUACCAAUUAGCAAAAGAGGAGUUGCGUAUACCCAAGGAAGAAACAGAUAAUUUUGCAUCUGAGUUAGAAGCCAUUAUGGAGUUGGUAUUCACGUUGAUCAAAAGAAUAACUGAUGUGGACUGCUCUGACGAGCUGAUAUUGGGAGUAAUUGCCUCCAUCAUGUACAAGCAUGAUAAGGGCAAUGCGCCAGAGCCCAUACCGCCAUUUGCCAAACAAGAACAAUGGACGCUUGCUAAGUCCGGUGUUGAACAGCCUAAUCAAUACAGCAGUACUAAUACACAGGAGGACUACAUAGUAACUUAUGCCGAGCAGAAUCACAAGGAAAGUCAUCAGGCAAAAUACAAUGAAUACAACGAUAUGGGAGCAUAUAGCAAUGAACAGAACGUAACAGCUGAUAACCAUAUUGAUUUGCCAUUUGAAGAUGAUAUACCAAUACCACAACUCAAUCUAGUUUGCGAAGUAAGAGUAGCACCUUUCGACCCGGUAGGCAAAGAUAUACCGUGCUACUUCAAAGAAACCAAACAGCAAAGAUGUGGAGAGAGUGGUGACAGUUCCGAUAAAUACUCGAUAUGCAGAUCCAAGUACGUUUUGUGCCCCAAUGUUUACAACGAAUAUACCAUAUUCGGAGGUACGCCAGCAAUACCGCCGGACAUGGAAUUUGGGACGUGGAUUUUCGAUACACCCUUCGUUAGACUCAAGGUCAGAGAUAUACCUGUGCUGUUCCACCAACAGGUCCAGUAUUCCACUAAGAAGUACUUGACACUCGCGGAUAUAAAUGAGACUACAAUGAACGCACGAACCCUCAAUCUCAAACUCGAAUUCUGUGGAAGAGGUGAUUGGGUUUUCGAUGACGGGUCGCUGCCAACGGAUGAUGCUGAUAAGGAAAAGGUCGUUCAUAUCAAGUCAGUGACUGCAGACGAAUUGCUACGCCUUGAGUUCAAUGGGAGCCCAAACCAAGUAGCGAAAAAGUUCUUCACGCUACAAAAAUCAUUCCUGUCAACAGCCAAAGAAGGAACCUCCAGGUAUAUAUUCAUGGACCCCUACGCCAACAUAGACGCUAGCAUAUGCGAUGAUAAAGACUACUCAGUACUGAUAUCGGAACUGGUAUCCAUGCUUUACAAACAUAACCCAGACUACUACCUGGCGUCAUGUAACGGGUACUACUACCAUGAAGACGGUUUCCUCCCGGAGACACCUGAAGUACAGCGAAUCAGGAACACUCUAUUUGCAGUGGAAAUGGCCCACUACAGACAAACGAUGCUAGCGGAUAUAAUAGCUGAGCAGCGACAAUUACUAGGAUUGACUAAUAAAAAACCCUUCAUGGCCAAAUGUAAAAGAGUCAUUAUCGGAAAGUCACGAGUACACGGAUAUGGACUAUUCGCAGUGGACACCAUCAAUAAGGGUGACCUAAUCAUGGAAUAUGCAGGCGUGGUCAUAUCUGACUAUAUGGCAGAUAUGCGUGAAGUUAUGUAUCAACGACUAGUAUGCGGAAGCAUAUACAUGUUUAGGCUCGACCUUAACCGCAUUAUAGACUCUACAUUCUAUGGAAACUGUGCAAGGUUCAUUAAUCACUCGUGCGACCCAAAUACAGCCACCUCAAACUUCAGCGAUAUAGAUGAAGAUGUUUUCGGAACACAUGUAGGAGUUUACGCGUCCAAAGUUAUACUCGCGGGUGAAGAAAUAUACUACAACUAUCGACUGUCACUGGGUUCAGAGAAUCCACAAAUAUGUAGAUGCGGAUCGUACCAAUGUACAGGUUACAUGACACUCAUUAAGUCGCCGCAGUAAAUAGAUGUAAUUGUUUUACGGCACAGAUAAUCACCGCUGUGAAGUGGAUGCGUUAACCAACCUAGUGAUGUAUGAUUUUAAAUGAUUUUU